GUUGAAGCUAUCGAAGCAAAUGGUCAAGUGGAAACUUAGACUGCCAUUUUCCAAAUCAGCCAGCAUGCGACGAACGAGUUUGAUUUUGCUGGUUGGCAUUUUGUCAAGCGCUUUCGCCGCCUCGCUGGGCACCUACACAACACCAAGGCCAGGGGUGUGCUACUCGCCAUUUCACUUGCCGGAAUACCCCCUGAUUGACACAGAAUCUUCAGACGAACUUCCCUCAGGAAUCGAUACCGACUUUGCCCAAAUGGCUGAGCUCGGCGUCACCACCGUUCGCACGUUUUACUCCACCUACCACGGCCACGACGUCGCCCCCAUUGCUGCCAAGUACGGCCUGCAGCUACACUUGGGUGUUUUCAUGACCACCGAAGAUUGGUACCAAAAACAAGUGAAUUCGGCCGUGCUCGCCGUCCAAAACUACUCCGCCACCAUCAAAUCUAUCCUUGUGGGCAACGAAAACAUCAAGAGCGAAGAUCCGUUCAAUGCCAGCUUCAUUGCGUCGCAAAUAAACUCGAUCCGCCUGCGCAUCAAGAAUGAAACGGGGCGUGUCGUGCCGGUGGGCACUGUCCAGCGGACCCCUGAUUGGCUCCAGGACGACCCGAGUAUCCUAGCCAUGGCGGAUGCGUCGGACGUGAUCGGGGUCAACAUUUACCCCUUCUACGACGCCAGCUUUGAUCCGUUUCAGCCACAGGCCUCCCUCAAUGGCGCGUGGAACGCCAUGGCGGAAAAGUUUGGAGGGGACCAAAAGCUGCUGAUCACGGAAACCGGUUGGCCCACGGGGGGCACUCCCACGGUUAUUGCCCCCAACAACACUCCGAGCUUCAACAACGCCCAUCUGUACUAUAAUGCGUUUAUGUCGUGGAUGCAAACGCACGGUCGGCAAGGGGACGUCUGGUACAGCAUGUACGACCCCAGGCCAGAAGAAAAGUUUGAUUUCGACGUGGAGUACCACUUUGGAAUCUUGACCCACGACAGACAGCUGAAAACGAAGACCACAACGCCCCAACCUACCCCAGCCCCCACUCCAACUCCGAAGCCAUCCGAAGCUAACACCUACUCCAAACCCAACUGCUAAACCGACCCCCUGAACCUGAGGUCGAGUGGUGAUUUUUGUCACGUCAAAAAUAUACAAGCCUUUACAGUUAACUGUUAACGCACAUUUAUUGAAUUUCAUGG